UACUUUUCUAGCUUGGACGCAGAUUCCUUGGGCCUUCGGUCGUUUGUGCUGGUGCAAGAUUUGGGUUUUUUGCGCAGCAGACAUGGUCCAGCUACACGUCAAGCGGGGAGAUGAUAGUCAGUUUCUCUUUAACACGACAGUAGACGUUUCGGUGGACGCGCUGGUUCAGCAGGUUGCUGCUAUUUACAAUAGAAGACUAAAAGUGGACAGAAUUUGCUCUGAAAUGACGGAGCUUGCCGACCACGGCAUCACCCUCCCGCCAAACAUGCAAGGGCUGACCGACGAGCAGAUCGUGGAUCUCCGGUUACGGGACGAGUGGGAGGAGAAGUGCGCACCGAGCGGAGGAUCGGAGAUAAAGAAGGACGAGAUCGGACGGAGGAACGGCCACGCUCCCAAUGAAAAAAUGAAGGAAGUGCUGUGUAAAACUACUGAAGAAGCCAAGGCUUUAGUUUCCAAGAAACAAGUGCAGGCUGGGGUGUGUGUCACCAUGGAGAUGGUGAGGGAGGCUCUGGAUAUGCUGCGGGGGGCUGUGAUGAUAGUGUACCCCAUGGGUCUACCUCCCCAUGAUCCAAUCAGGAUGGAGUUUGAGAACAAAGAAGAUCUCUCAGGGACACAGGCCUCACUACAAGUGAUUCCAGAGGAGGAAGCUCAGCUCUGGUGGGCGGGGAAGGAGAUGCAGAUGGGAAAGAAGCUCCAGGACUAUGUGGGGAGGAACGAAAAGACCAAGAUCAUGGUCAAGAUUCAGAAAAGGGGUCAGGGGGCACCGUCGCGAGAGCCGCUAGUCAAUGCCGAGGAACAGAAACACAUGAUGCUGCAUUACUACAGACGGCAGGAGGAGCUAAAGGUAGAGAUGGAUUACCCCUGA